UAUUUUAUGCUUGUGCUUUUCUCAAGCAUAGAGAUCUUAAACCAAUUAACAGCGGGAGAGAUGGAUCAAGAAGACUGUGAACCGUCCUUUGGAUCUCCCCUAAUUCCAAACUCUGAGGUGAGUCAUGGAUUUGGUGCAAAGGUGACUCAGAUUUGCUGUGACAGCACAGAGAUUAUAGCUGAGCUGAAGAAGCAAACACAGUUAGCAGGGCCUCUGGUUGUGGCGAGUCUCUUGCAAUACAGUUUGCAGAUGAUAUCAGUCAUGUUUGUGGGUCAUCUUGGAGAGCUCUCUCUCUCAAGUGCUUCCAUGGCUACCUCAUUUGCUGGAGUAACUGGCUUUAGCUUCAUGCUGGGAAUGGGAAGUGCACUGGAUACAUUCUGUGGACAGGCCUAUGGAGCAAAGCAGUACCAUAUGCUUGGCAUAUACAUGCAGAGAGCUAUGGUUGUCCUUGUGCUUAUGAGCAUUCCCAUAGCAUUUCUCUGGGCAUGCACUGGGCAGAUAUUCCUGCACCUUGGACAGAAUCCAGAAAUCUCAUUGCAAGCUGGUAUCUAUGCUCGGUGGCUGAUUCCCAGCAUUUUCCCUUAUGGCCUUCUUCAGUGUCAAUUCAAAUUCUUACAGACCCAGAACAAUGUCUUGCCAUUGAUGAUAAGCACUGGAGUAACAAGUUCUCUUCAUGUUGUUGUGUGUUGGAUGCUGGUUUUGAGGUUCGGAUUCGGCAAUGAAGGCGCUGCUCUGUCCAGUGCCAUCUCUUAUUGGAUCAAUGUUCUGAUUUUGGCAAUUUAUAUCAAGUUUUCUUCCACUUGUCAGCAAACUUGGACAGGGUUCUCUGAGGAGGGAGUGAAAAAUCUCUUCAACUUUCUUAAUGUUGGUAUUCCUUCAGCUCUUAUGGUCUGCUUGGAAUUCUGGUCAUACGAGUUCUUAGUUCUCAUGUCGGGUUUUCUUCCCAAUCCAAAGCUGGAAACAUCAAUAAUGUCAAUCAGCCUUAACACAAGCUCCGUGGUCUUCAGAAUCCCCUUUGGUUUGGGCAGUGCCGUAAGCACGAGAGUUUCAAAUGAAUUGGGUGCUGGAAAACCACGGAGUGCACGUCUAGCAGUGCAGGUAGUUCUAUUCCUGGCUGUUACCGAAGGCUUGCUGCUUAGCAUCACUGCAAUUGCAGUUCAAAAUGUAUGGGGCUACUUGUAUACCAACGAAGAGGAAGUUGUAAGAUAUUUAGCAUCCAUAAUGCCAGUGCUUGCUGCCUCCAACUUCAUGGAUGGAAUUCAGGGUGUACUCUCAGGUACAGCAAGAGGAUGUGGUUGGCAGAAGAUGGGUGCUUUUGUAAAUCUAGGAGCUUAUUACCUUUUAGGCCUUCCUUCUGCAAUCAUCUUGACUUUUGUAUUCCACUUUGGAGGAAAGGGAUUUUGGAUGGGAAUCAUAUGUGGAAGUGCUUCACAAGCAUUAUUGCUUUUAGCCGUUACCAUGCGCACGGAUUGGGGGCAAGAGAUUUGCGACAGAUUGAAAACCAGAAGGUGUUGUUGGAUUCCUAACUCGGCCACCGACAUUCCUACUGGAGCAGAUUUGUUGUGGGAGUGGCGUAGGCACCAUUCCUAGGGACAUCCUCGAGGUCGGGCUUAGAGAGCUCAAGGGUUUUUAGCAUUUUGAGGAUUAUAAUAAGAAAGUGUAUAUUUUUUAUAUUUGGGAAUGUAAAUAUUUUUUGUUUUAUGUUUUUAUAUUUUAAGUCUACUGAGAAAGGAAUAAUUGUGAAUACUUAAAUGUUUUGGAGAUAUGUGCAUAUAAAGAAAUGCAGGUGAUGAAUGGAUAAUAUAGAUUGUAGAUA